GAAGGAAGGAGCAGGCGGCGGAUGUGCAGCUGCCAAAGGAGAGUGGCGCCUCCUCCGCACCUGGAGAUGACAAGCAGCGCUGCGCCGUGUGGAACCUGACCCCCCUCCCCUCCCCUCCCCGCUUCCCCCUCGCUCCUGUCCGACGCCCCCGGGGAGGAUUGCAUGCCUGCCGUUUCCACGACAACUAUAAUGGGCUGCAAUCUCUGCACUUUAAGGAAGCGAGAGGAACACUACAAGCUGCUGUAUGAGAUAGGACAGGUCAACGGCAAGGAGCUGUCCAAGUCCAGCCAUGAGGAGACCUUCCGGCCCGCCGUGGUGGUUCAGGUCAUCCGGCGGACCCCCGGCGGCCCGCCUCAGGAAAUCCGUGUGGUGGAUGCUUGCACGCAGACCGACAUCACCUUUGAACACAUCAGGGCGCUGGCCAAGCUGCGGCCUUCCACGCCUCCCGUGCCUGAUGUCUGUCCCUUCCUGCUGUCCGACAGCUGCCACUCCCUGCACACCCUGGAGCAGGAUUACUACCCAGGGACCGACUACCUCUCGCCCGUUCCGCUUGACGGCGAAAGGACGGAAGAGUUGGAGUACGAGGAAGUGGAAUUGUGCCGACUCAGCAGCCAAGAAAAGCUGGGGCUGACUCUGUGCUACAGGACGGACGAGGAGGAUGAUGUGGCCAUUUAUGUCAGCGAGAUCUGUCCCAACAGCAUCGCCGCCAAAGAUGGCCACAUCCGAGAGGGGGACCGCAUACUGCAGAUCAAUGGUCGGGAUGUGCAGGAGCGAGAGGCUGCCAUGGCUGCGCUCUCCAAGGAGGACUGUCGCAGCAUUCUACUGCUGGUGGCCCGGCCGGAGAUACAGCUGGAGGAGACCUGGCUGGACGACGAACACAGCGACUUCCUGGAGCAGCUGAAAAUAGAAAUGCUGGAGGAACAGCAGCGCGAGGAAAUGGAAUUGGCCGUCUUCCCAGAGGAGCAGAGAGCAGAGGAUGACCGGCCCACCUGCUCCACGCGUACCCUUGGAGAGCAAAUGGACAGUUCCGAGCAGGAAGUCCUGGCGCACAUCCAGAGACAUCUGUCCCAGUGUCUCCUGGACAACUUGGACACGCGCCGGCCAGAGGGCCAGGAGGACAAAGAGGACGAGGAAGCGGCAGGUGAGCGCUUCCAGCAACUCCUGGAGCUCAAGUGUCAGAUCCGGAACAGCGGCGAGUACGACCUCUUCUACAGCCGCCGCAGCACCAUCGAGUGCAGCGUGGCCGAGCAGGGCGGCGUCCAGCAUGAGCUGCGCUUGCUCAAUGAAGAGCUGCGCAGCAUCGAGCUGGAAUGCCAGAAUAUCAUGAAAGCCCACCAGAUCCGCAAAGGCCAGCAGUCGCCCUCCACCACCGGGAUCUCGGUGCCCUCUGAGCCCAGGGACCAAAACCUCCACAAGGGGAGUGAGGACAAGGACAGCUCCAGUGCCUACAACACGGCGGAGAGUUCGCGGAGCACCCCGUUGGCCAUGGAUCGCUCUCCGGAACAUUCCCUCCAGAGGAUGGUGAGCCUCACCAACCAGAGGAACCUCCGCAGCAGCCUUGCCAGCCCCAUCCCCAUGGCAGGAUGCAGAGCGCCCCUCCUGGGCAAGAGCAGCAGCCCGGACCACAGUGACCCCUCAGACCAGUCGGAUCAGACGCUUCUGCCCGAGGAAGAUCAUAAAGGGAACCUGAGGCCUGGCGUUUCCCAAAUCCCUUACUUCUCCCCGUCCCAGCACCGACAGAGCAACAUCCCAGAGCACGCCCACCACUACCAGAGCUACAUGCAGCUGAUCCAGCAGCGCUCGGCGGUGGAGUACGCCCAGAGCCAGCUCAGCCUGCUCAGUGUCUGCAAGGAGCCCCAGGGCCCCCUCAACCAGCCCAAGAUGGAAUGGAAGGUGAAGAUCCGCAGCGACGGCACACGCUACAUCACUAAGCGGCCCGUGCGGGACAAGAUCCUGCGGGAGCGCGCCCUGAAGAUCAAGGAGGAGCGCAGCGGCGGCAUGACCACGGACGACGACACCAUGAGCGAGAUGAAGAUGGGCCGCUACUGGAGCAAAGAGGAGAGGAAGCAGCAUUUGGUGCGAGCCAAGGAGCAGAAGAAGAGGCGGGAGUUCAUGCAGAGGAGCCGCCUUGAGAGCUUGAAGGAGAACCCUCAGAGCAGCAGCGAGGUCAGCAUCAUCCAGCUGAGCCACAAGAAGAUGAUGAAGAAGCGCAACAAGAAGAUCCUGGACAACUGGAUGACCAUCCAGGAGCUGAUGACUCAUGAGGCCAAGGCUCCGGAGGGAGUGCAGGUGCACAACGCCUUCCUCUCGGUCACCACCGUAUGAUAUAACUUCCUGUCUACCCGUGUGGUAAUACAAGAACUUCCUGUCUACACGUGUGGUAAUACAAGAACUUCCUGUCUACCCGUGUGGUAAUACAAGAACUUCCUGUCUACCCGUGUGGUAAUACAAGAACUUCCUGUUUACCCGUGUGGUAAUACAAGAACUUCCUGUCUACCCGUCUGGUAAUACAAGAACUUCCUGUCUACCCGUGUGGUAAUACAAGAACUUCCUGUCUACCCGUGUGGUAGGAGAUGAUUGCCUCGUUCAAUGUGGCCUUUUUAGCAUGACAAUAGCAGUAUUUUUCACACUUUGUAGGCACCAGGAGCAUUUUGUAAAGAAUUUAUGGCGUUCCCUUCACUUUUUCUAUUGGACAUCUUCUUACGUUCCCGCCUUCUUUUUUACAUCUGCACUAGCGCUCAAAAGUUUGGGGACACUUUUUCCUUUCAGUGGAAAGUGUGUGUCAGCGUUCGACGGGUAUGGUUUGUUGGAACCAAAAACAGUACAACUUUUCCACGUGUGUGUGUGUGUAUGUGUGUUUCAUACGCAGAACUGUUUUGAAUGCUUGUCCACUCCUCUUUACAUUGUUUACAUGGUUAUUAUCCAACUGUACACUUCUCUACACACUACAUCGAUACACUUGAACUAUCUGACCCUAGAAGAGAGCUAAAUCCAAAGAUCAGCCAUUUAAUAUAUUUAAAAGAGAACUGCUCUUUUUAGGGAAUGUUGCCUAGCAUUCCUUCUUUCAUUAUGGGAGACAACAACUUACAAGUCUUUCUUUUUUCAGGACUUUAAACCGCUUGAAAUAUGCAACUAAUGAGAGUGACCGUUGUAACCUUCAAAAACAUUUUAUACACAAACUGCAAGUAUUUGUAUAUAAUGUAGUAACGGACACCUUCAUAACAAUAUGUACAAAUCACACACACAAAUAUAAAUAUAAUGAAGUAACAGACACCUUCAAAACAAUAUGUAAUAUGUACAGUAUGUAUAUAUAUAAUGUAGUAAAAGAGACCUUCAAAACAUUAUGUAAUAUGUACACUAUAGUCAC